AUGUGCCGCCGUCCUGCCGCGGCCCGGGAUGGGUCGGUGCGUCCGUGCGGGAGCGGCCGGAGCCGAGCGGCAGCGCUGGGGCACGGGCCGUGCGCCCUCCGGCCGCCAGAGGGCGCGGGCGGGCCGGGCCGGGCCCAGGAAGUGACGGCGGCGGCGGGGCCGGAGAGCGUGAGAAGAAUGGGUUCUGUGUCAGAGGAGCUCAGCUUGGUCCCCUUGCACCAGAGGCCGGAGCUGCUGGAAGCCUGUGCGGAGCUGCUGGGCGAGGAGUGGGGGAAGAGCCGUGCGUCGCGGCUGCACUCGCUGCAGCGCUCCUCGGACGCCUUUCCCGCCUGCCUGCUGCUGCUGCGGAGCCGCGGCCCCAGCGACAGCCCUGCCACCCGGCAGGGGCCCUGCGAGCUCGUGGGCCACGUGCGACUGUCCCGCGUGCUCAGCCGUCCCCGUGACCUCUUCGUGGAGAGCGUGGUGGUGGCGCGGGCGCUGCGGGGCCGGGGCUACGGGCGCCGGCUGAUGGAGGCCGCUGAGCAGUGGGCCCGGGCCCGGGGCUUUCGCUGCCUGCGCCUCACCACCCACGACAAGCAGCAUUUCUAUGCGCACCUGGGCUAUGUCCUGGGCGAGCCGGUGCAGAGCGUGGCCUUUCUCAGCCCGGCGAUAUCCUCUGAGGUGCUGCGGCUCUUCUCCGCCCCUUCUGGGGCCGCCGCUGCCACCAGCGCCAGGCCGUGGGUACCCGCGGUCCCCCCGCCGCCCCUCGCUGUGCCCCCACCGCCUCCCCCACCCACUGUGAUCUGGGCGAGGGGUGUCCUGGCUGAGGGCGGCGAGCAGCAGAGCCUCCUGCAGACCCCGCACCGCGAUGCCAAAGGGCUCCCCAUCUUCUGGAUGAAGAAGGACAUCUGAGGGGCCC